AUGUCGGAAUCUCUGUUGGUCUUACAAGUUCCUGCACCUUCACACAGUACUGUAAAGUUCAAAUUUCAAAUUCCAAAACCCAGAAACUGUAUAAUAACCCCACCAUGGAUGAAGUGCAGCAAUUCAAUUCGAUCCAGUACUAAAUGUUGUGGCAAAGGCAAUAAUAGAUGGUCACUUAAUGGCAAGAAUGCACUUGUCACUGGUGGCACUAGAGGCAUUGGGCAUGCAAUAGUGGAGGAAUUGUGUGGAUUAGGAGCCACUGUGCAUACGUGUGCCCGGAAUGAAGAUGAACUGGGAACAUGUUUGAGGACCUGGAAAGAUGAUGGCUUCGCAGUGUCUGGUUCCUUGUGUGAUGUGUCUUCUCAAGUUGAUCGCCAGAAGUUAAUGGAGGUUGUUUCGUCGACAUUCAAUGGGAAACUCAAUAUUCUUAUAAACAACGUGGGGACCAAUAUUCGCAAAGCUAUGGUGGAUUUUACAGCUGAAGAGUUUUCCACCCUCAUGGCAACAAAUUUCGAAUCUGUUUUCCAUCUUUGUCAGCUGGCCUAUCCCCUUCUGAAAGAAUCUGGGGCUGGAAGUGUUGUGUUCACUUCUUCCGUCUCAGGUUUUGUCUCAUUGAAAAAUAUGUCUGUACAAGGAGCAACAAAAGGAGCAAUUAAUCAACUUACAAAAAACUUGGCAUGUGAGUGGGCUAAAGACAACAUCAGGAGUAAUGCUGUUGCGCCUUGGUACAUCAAAACAUCCAUGGUGGAGCAAGUGCUGAGUAACAAAGAUUAUUUACAAGAGGUAUAUGACCGGACUCCGCUUGGGCGCCUGGGAGAACCAUCUGAGGUUUCAUCUCUUGUGGGAUUCCUUUGUUUGCCUGCAUCUUCUUACAUCACCGGUCAGAUAAUCUGUGUUGAUGGUGGAAUGUCUGUAAACGGCUUCUACCCUCACCACGGCUAGAGAAAUAACUGCCUUUUGAGUAAUGCUAAAACAUUGCAGUGGAAAAC